CUCAGCCUGGCUCAGGCUGACUUCCUGCUUGCUCACAGCGGCUCUUUCCCUGGGCGGGAUUCCCAGUGUUCCCAUCAGAGCCAGUUUGUUGGGCUGUCCAAGGGGACUGGCUUUCCCAGGCACCUGCUGUGUGCUCUGCUGGCUGCACCAUUAGCCCCCACACAGCCCUGCUGAAAGGAAUCAUUAUCCCCACUUUAGCUAGGAGCCCAGCUGAGGCCCAGAGGGGUGAUGCCACACAGCGACCCUGUCCACAGCUCCCUCCUUCCUCAGGACCCUGGUCCUGUGCACCAGCCAGGUCUUCAUCCAUCCCCCGGGGUUCUCCCUGUCUCGCCUGGACCCGUGGUAAGGAGAAGUCUGUCCACAGGCCCAACUCCGCAGCUGUGAAUGCCUCCCUUGUGUUUGGGGGCCACGUCCCGGGCCCCUCUGCCCGUGAAGUCCUCUGGACCCUGUACCGCUCAGUGAAGGCCGCAGGGCGGAUGCUGGGGAACCUGUCCUUGGAUGAGAGCAGCCUCGCCUCGGAUGGGUCCAACCUGACUGACCUGGUCCUGGAGACCCUCAGCAUCCAUCUCACAGCCAUGGAGCCCUUCCGUCCCCUGCUCCUCCUGCCCAGCUCUGCCCUCUUUGUCCUGCUGGAAAAGAAGAUCCUCCCACAGGUCACAGCCUUGGUGGCAGAAUUCUAUUCAGCACAUCCCCAGGAGGGCCCCCUGCUCCUCUUCAGUAAUGUGGACCAGUGGGUGGGCGUUUACAUCGAAUACAAGUUCCAGACCCCCGUAGGUACCCACCUCCCUGGCUUGGCCAAUUACCUGGCCCGGAACAUAAUGGAUCCUGCUGUCCAGAAAUCCAGCAUCAUGGCCAACGGGGAGAAAGCAGAGCUGGUGCUUUGCGAAGUGUGGCUGCAGAUCCUGGACCAACCCUUCACCGAGGCCCUGAAGGACAAAACCAGCCCUAAGUCCCGGAAACUUCGGGGGCAACUGACGAGAUGGCUGACUGCCAUCCUCAGGCCUCUGCGGCCCUUCGGCCAAGUGGUGGUGGAGAAGUUCCAGCCUGACCCACUGACCGCCAGGGUGGCCGCCACUUUCUUCAGGCCUGCGCCGGCCCGAGCUGUCGUGCAGAGUUGCGUGCUCCAGGGUCUGCAAGCCCUGUGGGAAGCUGAGGGCCUCUCUGUGAAGAUGGUCAUCCCAGACCUUGGUCAGCCUGAUACCUCCAUCUCCUGCUAUGCUGUGGCACUCAUCAUCCUGGGUCUCCUGUUUAUUGCGCUCAUCUUGGUCCUGGUGUGGAAGCGGAAGACCUGCUUUGGUGUGUCCAGCCAAACACGGUGCCCCUUCCUGCUGUUGCUCCUCCAGUGA